CUUGAUGAGAGGAGUUGAGGGCUUUGACUUUAUAAUUGUUUUGGUUGGAAAUUAUAUGCAUCUUGUGAGUAGGUGCCAUUGUUUCUGUGAUGACUAUCUUGUCUAAUUAUCCUUGGAAACUGCUUUGAAAAAAAAAAAAAGUCAAAUGUUUCGUGGCCUUUGUUACUUGAGUAAGUAUGCUCUUAGGGGUGUCUCUUCACCUAGUGCCCUAAAGCCAACUGGUUUGGGAGUCAUUGGCAAAAAGCUCGUUAUAUGGGUAACUUAGAAAGCCUAAAGAAACUUGACAAGAAAAGAAAAGAAAAAAAGAAAAGGAAUAAGCCAGCACACAAAAAAAUUUGAAUUUCUACUCCAAUGUUUCUAAGUGCUUAGUAACUGAAGGUUAGGUAUGCGACCCAUAUCAGCUUUCACGUCAAACGGUAACUUGAAAUAUGAGUAUGCAAAGCACUUUGAAUUUAUGACUUAUUGAGUAACCAGGUGCUUUCAUCACAAAUGUUAGUAUUCGCGUCAAAAGAUAAGUGAUAGCUCAAGGAAGAUUGUGAUGUAUGGCUAGAAAAAAAAAGAAGAAAAGAGAAAAAGAAUAGAAAGAAAAAAAGAAAAAGAAAAAGAAAAAAGGGAUAAUUACAUGGUAUAUUGUUACAUGUUUUAGUGGUGCUUAUUGCAAGUUUGCAUGGGUUUAUUUAAAGAUGAGCAUGGAUAUGAAAGUGAUAGUCAUUGACUCCCUUGCUUGGUAUUACUGGAAUUUGAACUAAAAAUCAAGUUGAAUGUUGAUGCUCCUUGUGUUAUCUGUGUGGGGAAGAAUGUACAUGAGUUCUGUUUUUUUUAGCUUUCUUUUGCUUGAGGACAAGCAAGAAUUUAAGUUUGGGGGUAUUUGAUGAGUUUAAUUUUUAUAUGCAUUUAUCUACCUUUUUUGAGCCUAGAAUUAAAUUUUAUGGGUUUUUUGUAACUUAGUUUCACCCUUUUUUAUAUUAAAUUCAUUAUUUGUGAGUGGAAAUUAAGAUAGGAAUUAAUUUUGUAAUAAGUGACAAUUUGCACAUGCUGUAGUAAUUUAACCAUAUCUUUUUCUCUAGGUAUCAGAUUGAGAUGAUUCUUUAGGCGUUGGAAAGCUAAGAGGCAGAGCUACAAUUGAUGUUUUAUGAGCUUAACCCAGUUCUAGCUGUAUCAAUACAUAUUUUUGGUUGAA